AUGUUUAAUCUCGGCCGUCAAAUCCUUGUUCAUCAAGUGUUUAUGCUCCUUCAUCGACCUAAGCCCUGCAACCAAAUCCUCCAACGUAAUCGUAAGCAAAGUGUUAAUAUCUUUACACGAAACAUCAAUCCUCCCAUCCAAACUCUCUCGCGCAUUAACAAGCAUCAAAUCCACCAAACCCCCAUUCAUCUCCCUGCGCUGCUCCACAGAGGAUUCCUGCUUCAACUUCUCGGCUAUCCGCGCCACAGUGCACGACUCGUGCAGCCUGAAGCCGUACAGAGGGCUCGUAUUAUCACGCAUUUUGAGAUGGGCGAUUUUUGCGAGCUCCCGACAAGUGAAGUCGUCGAAGUAGAAAAACUUGGUGACACGUCUUCUGAAGCCCGGGUUAGCGGAUAUCACACGCUGCAUUUCUUCACGGUAGCCAGCGAAUAUCACGACUAUGUUGCCUUUGUCCAUGUGGGACAUCAUCUCCUCAAGAGCCUCCUUCCCGUAAUCUUAGUUACCUUUGCUCUUGUCUGUGCCCCUGUCUGGCCAAUGGUUUCCGAGGAAGGCCAUGUGAGGGGGUUUUCUUUGGCCAAUUUGGAUGGAGAGGCUUCGACGUUUUUCGUCGAUCAGCAUUUGCUUGGCCCAACGCCGGAGCUGCAGUGGUGA